AACGGAUCGCUGGAUUUCUCCGCUUGGAACAACCUCACAGAUGUGGCGUGUAAGCAACGCCUGUCAACCAUCACCCGCACAUCGAACCCCUCGGGAGACUGCAUUUGCUACAACCUACCCAUGCUGGACGUCACCACCGGCAUGUUCGAGGCCGAUCUGCGGCUGUAUCGCAUCUCGGCCCCCAGAGACGACUUUGUCGGGGUGCCGCCGAGUGAGAUCCAGGUCGGCGUGGUAUAUAAGGGCGCCAGCGUGACGCCCAUGAAGCCGGCGGACGCAAAUUCUGGGUCAAGCCCGUCUGUCAACGUCACCAAGAGAGCCGAUGUCCAAUCCAGCUCCCCGACUCUGCUGCAGUCGUACAUGCUGGUUGGCCAAAUUGACAAGGACCGCAUGAAAACCAACUUGUCAAUCGCCGACCUCGAGGCCCUCGUCCUCCCAACCCUCACCCUCUCCGCCGAAACCCCCAACGGCCGCAUCAGCUCCAACGUCUCCCUCAACGAAGCCGUCUUCCUCGUCGGCGUCUUCUCCACGGACGUCGUCCUCUCCGACUUUGCCGCCGCCCAGCUCGCCGUCACGCAGCAGCACGACGCCCUCAAGAACGGCACCGUCGCCUUCAUCCUGCCCGGCGUCAACAUCCUCAUCUUCCCCGUCGGCCUCAUCAUCACCUCCGUCUGGCUGGCCAUUGGGCUCGCGGCGUACGGCUUCGGGACGUAUGAGCGCAUCCAGCAUGUUGCGGCUUAUAAGCGUAGAGCUAUGCAUGCUUCGAGGGAUCCGGCUGCUUACCGGACUUUUUAA